UUUGUAGGUGACGCGCGUCCACACGCAGCGUUGUGCGCGCUCUCAGACUGUCUGUGUGAUGGACGUGUGGAAGCGCAGAUUCAUUUCUUCUGACUUUGGACUUACAGAAUGAUUCAUUUUGCCGAGAAGCCGAGCGAAACAACUUUUCUCAUUCACUGAGGAAAUUAGAUUGGCUCACAGCGCCUUUCAACACGACCAAAGGAAUUCACAGAACAUUUCUUGCUACUCAAGAACAUGUUGUUACUCUGAACGGGUGCAGAUGGUGGCACGUAGGUAUGAAAGAAUGGCCUACCCUGGUUCUGGUUGGACGAGGGCACAGCUUUAAGAUGUAUGGCCCCUGGUACCUGUCUCAGUGAUGAAGAGCACCCCCACCAUCUUCCUCCUCACUCUAGCUGUCCUGUGCAGAGCUGAGAGUGUGAGUGGGAAGACGGUGAAGGACACAGUGCAAGAAUGGAACAGGUAUCGGAACGAGUGCAUCAUGAAGAUAAGCUCACAACCCACCCCCUCGGGUUUGGUUUGCAAAAGCAUGUUUGAUAUGUACGCUUGUUGGACAGAUGGAGUUCCCAACACAACUGUGAAAGUGCCGUGCCCCUGGUAUCUGCCUUGGUAUGAUCAAGUGCGUAAUGGGUUUGUGUCACGGGAAUGUGGUCCAGAUGGCCAGUGGCUCACCGUCAACGACAGCCAUACAUGGAGAGACCACUCACAAUGCAUUGCAGAUGACAACCAGGAGAAACAGGAGAAUCAGAUGAUGAUCUUGGCCUAUUUCAGAGUGAUGUACACAGUUGGUUACUCUCUAUCCCUGGCCAGCCUGUCUUUAGCCCUUGUUAUACUUCUCCUGUUCAGGAAGCUCCGCUGCACACGUAAUUACAUCCACACCAAUCUGUUUGCCUCUUUCAUCCUGCGAGCUGUGUCCAUCCUCACGAGAGAUGCACUUCUCAUGAAAGACGCUCCUGAGUUCAGGGACAACAAAGAUGUUUCGAUCAUUCUGAGCGACCAGGUGAUGUCAGGCUGCCGUGUGGCUCAGGUCCUGAUGCAGUACUGCGUUGGGGCAAACUACUAUUGGCUACUGGUAGAAGGUCUAUAUCUUCAUAACCUGCUGGUGCUGAUGGUCUUCUCAGAGAACAGCUACUUCUGUGUAUACCUCUUCAUCGGCUGGGGAACACCUGUGCUCUUUGUGGUGCCUUGGAUAGUUGUUCGUUACCUUUAUGAGAACACCAGGUAAGAUUGCUGGGAGAUCAACGAAAAUAUGGCAUAUUGGUGGAUCAUCCGAACGCCAAUCCUUUUGGCGAUUUUAGUGAACUUUUUUAUAUUUAUAAGGAUUAUUCAGAUCCUCGUCUCCAAAUUAAAAGCACAUCAGAUGAGAUAUACAGAUUAUAAAUUUAGGUUAGCCAAGUCCACGCUGACCCUCAUCCCCCUGUUAGGGAUUCAUGAGGUGGUGUUCGCUGUGAUGACAGAGGAACAGACUGAGGGCGUGCUUCGCAAUGUCAACCUGUUCUUUGAACUCUUCUUCAAUUCUUUUCAGGGUUUUCUGGUGGCCAUAUUAUACUGCUUUGUCAAUAAAGAGGUACAGUCAGAAAUCAAAAAGAAAUGGCAGCGAUGGAAAUUGGGUAUAAGCAUUUUGGAGGACCAACGUAAUACAGGAAGCAACACACAGCAAGGAGGUGCAGGUCCUCGGUGUCACCACGACCCAGCCUGCUCUCCAGACUGCCCUCUGGACAGUGGCAGCCAACUGUCCUCGGACCCAACACCCACAGCCACCCAACUGCCUGUUCAGCAUCACUACCAUCCCGGAGCAAAGAAAGGCAAGGCGUACUGCUACAUCUCUGCCCGAAAGCAGGUUCUGAACGGGCUGGAUGUGCCAGCAUUACCCCAGUGCACCGGAGAGGGAGCAGUGAUGUUUUCUGAGAGCUACUGUUGAACUGUGUGGACUGGACAAACAAAGCCAGAUAUCAUGGAGUGUCCCAUUGUUUUUAACUAUCAAAAGGAUAUUACUACAUCACAUUUCUCACAUUAUGCCUGGCAACCCUCUUUAUUUGUGUUUUCCUUGUUUACCACUAUACCUCAUUUUGGACACUAGAUUUAUUCUGUUAUGUGCCAACAUUGUGGAUCAACUCAAAGACUGCCUACUUUACCACAAAGUCAUUUAUAUUUAUGAUUGCAUGAGGAUUAUCUGUUCAAAGUCUUCAGGUAAGACACAAACAUCACCUAGCCUGGACAAUCACCAGAUAGCCAUCAGUAUGUUAACCCCAAAACAUUUUGGAUCCUUAAGCCACAUAUCCAAUACCAUUUAAGAAUUUGAGGUCAGUAGUAUUGGUAAGAAAUUACUACUUCCAUUCAGCAAGAAUACAUUAAAUUGAUCAAAAGUGACAGUGAAGACUUUUCCAAAGUUACAAAAGAUUGCUGUUUCAAAUAAAUACUUCCUAUUCAUCAUAGCAUUUUGAAAAAGCACAGUUUCUAAUAUUAAGCAGAACUACAGUUUUCAACAUAGAUAAUAAUAAGAAAUGGAUUUUAGAAUGAUUUCUGAAGGACAAUGUGACACUGAAGACUGGAGUAAUGCUGCUGAAAAUUCAGCUUUACUAUCACAGGAAUAAAUUACUUUUUAAAAUAUGUUCAGAUAUAAAACAGGUUAUUUAAUUGUGAUAAGAGUUUACAAAUUUAAUGCUUUUACUGUAUCUAUGAAUAAAACAUUCAGCCUCUGUGAGCAUUAG